AUGCAAUCCUAUCUUCAGUACAGGCAGCUGCGACAUGCUGUUAACAGACAGCUCGAAACCAGCCCCUUCAAAGGGCAACGGCGGGACGAAGCUUCGCCGACCGAUGGGUCCGAAACGCCUACUCCUGAUUCACUCAGCGCAGCUACAGACCAAAAGCGCUCAGAUGACCCGGAGAAGGCACUUUCGGAGAAUGGCACGCAUGCCAUCGAGUCCUUGCAAGGUAUCCAAGUCAAGGUACUCUCUGACGCCACUGGGACUCAACCGAAACAAUUAUUUGUGGUUGACUGGGAAGGAAAACAUGAUGCUCUUAGCCCACGCAACUUCAGCCUCUUCAACCGCAUGAUAGCGACGUUACUGGUCUCUGUUCUAUCUUUUGCUGUAGGAGCGGCUUCGUCCAUAACCGCUGUCGUACUACCCCAGAGCAGCGAGGAAUUCAACGUGAGUAAGGUUGCGGGUUCCCUGGUGACUGGCAUGUACCUCUUCGGCUUUGCAACAGGAGCCCUCUUCUCGGGGCCCCUGUCCGAGAUCUUCGGUCGCAAUAUGGUCUACCUUGGCUCCCUCGUCAUUUUCAUGAUCUUUGUGAUGGCUUCCGGCCUUGCUCCGAAUUAUGGGGCAGAGCUUAUUUUUCGGUUCUUGUCCGGUGUCUUUGGCUCUCCACCCCUGACCUGUGCCGGGGGUACAAUCGCAGAUCUGUGGAGCCCGCUCGAGAAGACCCUUGCUUUUCCGUUCUAUGCCAUCUUUUCAUUCUCGGGCCCUAUCCUCGCGCCUGUGAUCUCUUCAUACAUGGGCCAAAGCAGCCUUGGAUGGCGCUGGGUGAAUUGGAUCAUCUUGGUCAUGUCGGGCGCCGUUCUGGCCAUAGUGAUCCUGUUGCAACCUGAAACCUAUGGGCCCCUCCUUUUGAAAUGGAAGGCGAAGCAUUUCCGCAUAGUCACGGGUGACAGCCGGUUCGUAUCUGAAAUGGAUAUCAGCCAUGCUGAGGUAGGGGCCUUCGCUCGUAUUUAUGAUGCAUUGAAGCGGGAGUUCCUCCUUACUUUCCAGGAGCCAAUCGUCAUUUUGAUUUCCUUAUAUAUGACGGUGAUCUACAUUAUCAUUUUUACCUUUUUUGAUGGCUAUGAAUACAUCUUUGGUGAGGUUCACGGACUGUCGCAAGGACUCACCAACAUCAUCUGGGUGGCAAUGUUCGUUGGAAUGAUGGUAGCGGCAUGUCUGGUACCGUUGAUCUAUCGGUGGACAAAACUGGAGUUCAGUCGGGCAGAGGCAAUGCAGGAUAGCACACACACGCGUCCAGAGAAUCGAUUGUGGUUCGCCAUGUUGGGUGCACCUGCUAUCCCUAUUGGCCUAUUCUGGAUGGGUUGGACCGACUUCCCUCAUAUAUCCAUCUGGUUGCCGAUAGUUGCAUCCACGUUUGUCGGCUACGGCACCAUUCUGGUAUUCACCAGUUCCUACAUGUACGUUAUUGACGUCUACGAUAUUUAUGCGGCGUCCGCUUUAUCGUUUAUGACGGUGUCGCGCUACUAUGUGGCGGGCGGAAUGACGGUUGCUGGGAUUCCGUUCUACCGCAACAUGGGUGUGCAUUAUACCUUGACGAUUCUCGCGUGCAUUAGCUCGUUGAUGACUCUUGUGCCGUACAUUUUCUAUCGCUAUGGGCCGACGAUCCGAAGUUGGAGCAAGUACGCGACACACAACGGAGGCAUAGCCAGUGUGGCCGAUUAG